CUUCAAGAUCACUUUUUUUUCUCUAACAACCGCUGUUCAUUUCUCAAUUGACCAAGCGCAAUGGACUCCGUCGACUGGACGCCGUACGUCGAGGCGCUGCUUUCAGGCCAGCAGACAGCUCAUCAAGUGGCCCAGCAGCUUUGCAAGGACAAGGGGCUGAGCGCCAACGAUGCUUCGCAGACUACGGCACAAGUCGCAGCGCUCGUGCUGCAAGUUCUGACUAAGCAGUCGUCACCCAAACACUACGUAGCUCCGCUGCUGGAGCAACAGAAGAGGGAGGACACGGACGUCGCACACGCACAUCACCAGCAACGCAGCGCCACCGUUACGCGAGUAGUUGAAGCCGCUAUCGCCCAGAAACUGCUGCGUGACGAUAGCCCGCUCACCAAUCUCUUUAACUGGGACGCCUUCCAGAAGCGGUUGGCCAAUCUGCGCGCCGCCUUCCCGGAGCCAGAGUUCAACCAUGCUCUAGCCGUUAAGACUAACCCUACGCGCGGUUUGCUGCGAGGUGCUUGUGCUAAGGGCUUCGGCGCUGAGUGUGCGUCAAUCGCCGAGGCGAAACACGCGUUGUCACUCGGCUUCGAACCUCGCAAAGUCGUGUACGACUCUCCUUGCAAGACGCUAGGUGAGCUACGCGAAAUGCUAUUGGCUGGUGUGUACAUUAACUUGGAUAACGAAGAAGAGAUCCGCAAGGUGAACGAGAUCUUGGCAGAACUGGGCGACUCGGAGGAGACCAGGAAGAAACAUGCGGCACAGAUUGGACUACGCAUUAACCCUGUGGUAGGCGGUGGCACAAUUGACGCUACUAGCACAGCCACUGUCACCAGUAAGUUUGGUCUCCCACUUACUGCAGAGACCAAGCCUCGAUUACUGGAUAUCUUUAAGCAGAAUCCGUGGCUGCAGGGCGUACACGUGCACGUCGGCUCGCAGGGUUGUCCUCUCGAUCUGCUAGCGGCAGGCGCCAAGAGAGCUGUAGCCUUCGCUCUUGAGGUGAAUGCUCAUGUAGGACACAAACAGGUUACUGUGCUUGACAUUGGUGGAGGUAUGCCGACUGUGUACGAUGGUGGAGAGCGCGAAGCCUACGACUUCAAGGAGUACGCAGACUCAGUGCGACAGCAAGUGCCUGAACUGUUCACGAGUGGCUUCUCGUCCAUCAUCACGGAAUUCGGACGCAGUGUCUUCGUGAAGCCUGGAGUGACAGUGUCCAAAGUGGAGGCAAUCAAGGACUGGGCAGACCAGCACAUUGCAGUGGUGCACGUCGGUGCUGACCAAUUUCCUCGCACGGCAUAUCUACCAGAGCAGUGGUCUCACUGCAUCUCGGUGCUCGACUGUCACGGCCGUCCCAAGACAACCCCCAGCAGUGAAUACAUUCGUCAAGAUAUCGCUGGACCGCUCUGUUUCUCAGGUGAUUUCCUCGCCAAGCAGUUAUUGCUGCCACCUAUUCAAGUGGGAGAUUUCGUUGUGAUUCACGACACUGGCGGCUACACAAUGUCGAUGCACUCCAAGUACAACAGCCGACAAGUUUCAUCGUAUUUUGCCUACUCCGCCGCCAGUGAUAACGUGAAGUUCUCGAUGCUGAAGGAGCGCGAGACGACGGAGGAGACACUAGCCUGCUGGGGACUCGACCACAAUGUCGAGCUGUAAAACGUACCACAAAUGCUAGAUAUCAGGACAGGUUUCUCUAUUUCUCAGACAGCAACGAAGUGCAUUUCAGCCUUAGCUUGUCCCUCAUUCAUCACAAUACGAUUCCAUAUCGAUUCCAUGUCGAAUCUAGCUUGUGCG